AUGCAAAUUGCAGCUCGAAACAACCUACUUUGGAUUGCAACAAGGCAUAGUAGUAAUACUGUUCAAGCCAACCGAUUAUUUGAACUGUACAAAAAUGGGAAACUGCAGGUAGUAACCUCCCAUACCAAGAUACAAGAUGAUUUCAAUUCAACUAGAUCGUUACCUAUGGUAGAGUUCCCCAAAAACCGGAUAUUCACAGAGGUUGAGAACGAUACAAAAGUAGGCAACUGGAGGAAACCUAUUACCAAGUACUAUCGACUUGGUAUUUCGCUUCUAAAAUUUUACAGAGAUGGGAUUCAAAAUACAUAUGCAGUUUAUCGCGAUAGCCGUCGCUUCCUCAAGGGUUUUGGCUCCCAAAACUAUAAAGAUGCAAUACCCUCCAUGCUCAGAAUAAUCGAAUCUCAAGAGCUGCAACUAAAAAGAAAUGUAUUAACAAAUAACACCAAUGAUUUAGCAUUUAAGAGAGCUGAUUUAGUGGAAAUGAUGAGAAGAAAUGAGAUAUAUAAGCUACCAAACUUCUUCAUUAUAUGUCUGGUUUUUGAAGAAUUGACAGCUGUGCUAUGCUAUUUCUUUCCUCAAGUUGCUCCAAGAAAUUGUAUGACACCUGGUGGAUACUUCAAAAUAUCUAACAAAAAAAUCGAGCAAUUCAAGAAACUUACCAGAGAAGUAAUUACGGAUAGCGAACAAUAUUUACCGCCCUAUGCACUUUCAAAUUCCCAGAUUUAUGGUAUCAUUAAAAACUCGGAAAUGCCUAUUUCAAGAGGAAAGUUGUAUUUACGCAAUAUGUUUAAUAUAAAGGAUAAAUUGAUACAGGACUUAACUAUAUGGUAUCAAUACAUUUAUAUUGAUGAUUGGUAUCUAGUAACAACUCUACUGAAAGGGAAGGAACUACGUUUAGAUAGAUCAGAGCUUGUAAAUUGCAUUUAUGAACGUAAACUGUACCAAAAAGGUGAAAAUUUAAACGAAAUGAUGCUAUCGAAAGAAGGUACUGAUACCCUGGUUCGCAGAUUAAUAGAUUACUGGUCAUAUAGGUUUGGUAACACAAUCAUUAUCGAUGGAAAACUCACCUUUAAUGAAAAGUGGGGAAUUACAAACUUAAAGUCCAUGCUCCCUGAGAAUACGUUAACAAUAGGUCGAUAA